CCACCACCCCCGCCAUAGACUAUGGCCACCGACGCUGGGCCCCUCGAUGCGGGGCUCCUCGGUCAGGCACACGGCACUGAUGACGAUGCCUUCCACGACACCCGCUCCACGACUUCGAACAUGGCCGACAAGGAUGAAGCAGACACAUGCCGUAUUUGUCGCGGCGAGGGUACCGCUGAUGAGCCGCUGUUCUACCCUUGCAAGUGCAGUGGCAGCAUCAAAUACGUCCACCAAGAAUGUCUCAUGGAGUGGCUGUCGCAUACUCAAAAGAAGCACUGCGAACUUUGCAAGACGUCCUUUCGGUUCACGAAGCUAUAUCACCCCGGCAUGCCGAACCGUAUACCCACGACCGUCUUCCUGCGCCGCGCAGCUUUACAUGUGGUGAACAUGUUUCUCACUUGGUGCAGGGGAGUCUUGGUGGCGUCUGUUUGGCUGGUGCUACUACCCUGGUGCAUGCGAGUCGUCUGGCGCAGCCUAUUCUGGGUCGGCGAUGGCGGUUGGGCACCCGGCAUGUACACAACUCUGCCAGAGGCAGCGGACCGUAUCAAACCUAUCAUGUCCAAUCCGGCUGAUCUGGAAGCGAUUCGCUCCUCCCUUGAGGCUGCAAAGGCUGAUGGUACCGCACAAAACUUGACUCUGUCUAAGCUACUGAUGUCCAUGUCACCAGCAGCUCAACAACAGAAUGCCACCGCGAACGAACCCCUCAUGUGGACAAUCGUAAAGCGUUUGUUCCUCGGUUGGCCGCACCCAGUCACUACAUUUGCACCCUCGUUGUCGAACAGUACCGAAUCCAACUCCACAACAGACCCUCUAGGCUUUCGCAGCCCUUCACUUCUAUCGGAAAUUCCUUGGUUUCAUUGGUUCAACUCGCAGACAGCGAAUCGAUUCUUGAUCGAUAUCUUCGAGGGCCAGAUCAUUACCAUGCUGGUCGUCGUCGCUUUCAUCCUGAUAUUUCUCAUCAGAGAAUGGGUCGUUCAGCAGCAGCCGGUUAUCAAUAUGGUAGCGCUUGGAGGCGACGGUGCUGCGCGCGUCGAUCGAGCUGCCGCUCAGGUGCAGGAAGAGCAAGCCGAACAUGCACCCGAACAGCAGGAAGAGGACGUUGCUGAGCGUGGCGAAGACGCUCAAACUGGCCAGCCAACCAUCGUGGGACCCUUGCCUGGACCGGACCCAAACACAGUCGCAGGGGUAAUCGAGCUUGGAGCCCGUCGUCCUAACGAAUUCCUUCGUAGGCAACGAGAGCGGGCUGGCCAGCUGAUGCUAGGGAAUCCUGACUUACCGCAGCGGCUAAGAGAUGCUCUGCAAUCCGAAACGACUGAAGAAGGAAGGACGUCAGUCAUUGAAGGUUUCUCUGAGGAGCAGGUCAACAUGAUCAGCAUGAUUUACGAUCAAUCGUUGAUUGACGCAUACGCAAGCUUGGCUGCAGAAGAGGAUCGGUUUGGUCCUACUGACGCUACCUUUCCACCGCACUCUGGCAGGCUACCCAAGCAACGGAAAGGGCCGGCCGAAAGUACCAAUGCAGCUGCUUCUGGACCUUCACAGCGACCGGAGAUGCCUGCAAGGGAUCGAUCAUUCAUUGCGACAGGGAUACGCCGCGGUCUAGAGGAAGGUACCUCUUGGUCAUUCGACAAUGUACCAUCAACCUCGGAGAACGCCUCCCGUGAUACCGUUCCCGACAACUGGGAUGAUGAGGCUCCCGAAGGGUCAGCAAACAGGGAACACGAAGCAAUUCAUUCUGACAAUGAGCCUGGCAGCGAAGGGAGCAGUGGAAGUUGGCAGCAAGUCUCCGAUGUCAAUGUGGAAGACGACUCCGACCAAGCGCUGGAAGGACGAGAAGCACAGGACAAGGGUAAAGGCAGGGCUGACGACAACUUUCCUCGUCAUGACGAGGACGAGAACAUGGACAUAGCGAGUGCAGAAUAUCCGGCAAAUAACGAAGAAGGCAUUCGGGUGGAGACCACGAUGGAGGUCGAGAUCACAGCCGAAACUCCUGUUGAACAGCUUGAUACGGAGGAGCAAGACACUCCAAUACCGAACGAGGUGCCUGUGGCUGCGAGCGUGCGUCCUGCAGCAGCAGAGGCGCCUGAAGUAUCCGUAUCAGACUGGGUCAUGGACUGGAUCUACGGUCCUGCGGACCCUGCCACACGGCCUGUGGAGGGAGCCGCGAACGACGAACACGUAGUGCGCAACCUUGACGAAGAAGCACCUUUCGUCCCUUUUGCUGGCAAUGAGCCCCUCGAGCCCGCCGAUGCAGUCAUUCAGGACCCUGAGGUCGCUGCCGCUGCUGCCCAGGCCGGGAUCGACGUCAACGACCAGGAAGCGAUCGAGGACGCAGAAGACUUGGAGGGUAUUCUUGAGCUCAUCGGCAUGCAAGGACCUCUUGUAGGGCUUUUUCAGAACGCGCUCUUCAGUGCAGUCCUGAUCUCCGCAACCUUAGCUUGUGCUGUUUGGCUGCCGUACCUAUGGGGUAAAGUUGUUAUUUUGUUUAUGGGGAGCCCCAUAUCGCUCUUCGUCAAGCUGCCUCUACAGGUCAUCACCACGGUGACAGAUCUGUUGGUAGACUUCACGCUCGUAGUAGCUGCAGGUUUCGCGUACUGGGUCUGCCGAUUCACCUCGACGAUCAUCAAGCUAGCUACCAAGGGCGAAGGGUCUGAUUAUCUUGGGCAGUCACUUCGCAGCCUCUCUGUACCUGCAGCAUCGAUCACAAGGAAUGCUGCGGACCGUAUCAUGAAGGCGAUUCACGCGUCCUCACUUUCAUCGAGUCCUGGCUACUUCAAGCUGUCUAUCAACUCGCACGCCGCGCUGCGAAGCCUCCAGAACUCGACAUCGUUCGCACUGAACCAGACAAGCCAUGCCUUUGGCUCUGUUCUUGAAGAGGCGCAAUCUGAAUCAGCGUUUGGACUUCUUUGGAAGGCAAUUGGUCGCGCAGGAAGCGGCGUAGGAGAUCUCGUUCACAAAGGCAGUUCUCUACUCGCUUGGCUGUGGACAUCAAAGUCAUACAAGAUCACCCUUGACAUGGACCUUGGCGCUACCGAAGACCCGACGUCUGCGUUGGAGCACUGGACGGCAAACGACCGUCUGAUUGCUGUUCUCGCAGGUUACACUUUCUUCGCCAUGGCUGGAGCCGUAUACCUCAGACGUGGAACUCCACUCAGCUCAUCCCAGCAAGGCCAGAAGAUUGAGCGCAUCAUAUCCGAUAUUCUGCAACAAGCCGGCGGUGUGCUGAAGGUGAUUCUCAUUAUCAGCAUCGAGAUGUUGGCAUUCCCACUGUACUGCGGCUUGCUGCUCGACCUCGCCAUGCUGCCCUUGUUCAAGAACGCUACACUCUACUCUCGAUGGCAAUUUGCUUGCGGCAGUCCAUGGACAGCUGGCUUCGUACACUGGUUUAUUGGCACCUGCUACAUGUUCCACUUCGCACUCUUUGUCUCCAUGUGCCGCAAGAUCAUGAGGAAGGGAGUGCUAUACUUCAUCCGCGAUCCGGAUGACCCCACUUUCCAUCCGGUUCGAGACGUUCUCGAGCGCAGUGUCACCACCCAACUCCGGAAGAUUGCGUUCAGCGCACUUGUAUAUGGCGCACUAGUCAUCGUCUGCCUCGGUGGGGUCGUGUGGACAUUGAGCCACGUUACAUAUGGAGUGUUACCCAUCCACUGGACUUCGGAGGCGCCAUCAUUGGAGUUCCCGCUCGACCUGCUUUUCUACAACUUCCUUACACCAGUCAUCAUCAAGGCGUACAAGCCGGGAGAAGGCUUGCAUGCGGUCUGCACAUGGUGGUUCAAGAAGUGUGCCAGUGCUCUUCGGUUGUCUCACUUCCUUUUCAACGAACGAGUCGAAGAAGAGGAAGGCCACCACGUCAACUCUACCUGGUUUGGCUGGCUCAUUGGUCGCAAGGGCGAUAUCAAUACAUCGCAGAACGGGAAAGAAGACGGGAAGACAGACGGAGACGGUAUUGUCGAUGCCUACUUCGUCCCUGAUGGUCGAUACGUGCGGGCCCCUGCUUCAGACCAGUGCCGUGUGCCUAAGAGGCAAGCUGUCUUCGUGGACGUGGACAAAGACAACGUGCGCAAGGAUGGCAACACUGAUGCGGGUGUGCACAACUCAGACUUGGUGCAGAUGGUAUACAUCCCGCCUUGGUUCCGCCUUCGCAUUGCGUGCUUCGUUGUUACAAUCUGGAUCUUCAUGGGCGUGAGCGGGAUCAGUGUUACUAUCAUCCCGCUCAUGUUCGGCCGCUACCUGUUCUCCCUCUUCCUGCCUUCCACGGUCGAGAUGAAUGACAUCCACGCUUUCUCGCUCGGUGUCUACACGCUAGGCAGCGCCGCAUACAGCGGCUACCAACUCUACAAGCUUGUCGCUUCGCUCAACCGACCAAACGUUUCGCCAUUGGCACAACUACGCUCCGUUGCAGCCACAGCCAGCCGAGUCAGUCUGACAGUCUUCCGCUUCAGCUACGUAUGGUUAUCACUCAUCUUCGCCAUCCCGCUCCUCUGCGCCGUUCUCAUCGAACUCUACUUCCUGAUGCCGUUGCACGCCUGGAUGGGACCCAGCGAACCGCACGUCGUCCACCUGAUCCAGGACUGGACGCUGGGCUUCUUGUACUCCCGGUUCGCCGCACGUCUCAUCUUCGCAAACCGCAAUACUCGACCCGCGCAAGCAUUUACUCAGGUCGUUCAGCGAGGAUAUCUAUAUCCCAACGCCAAGAUCGCAACGCGCUGCUUCAUCCUACCCGCUCUCGUGCUUUUCGCUAUCGCUGUCGCGGUCCCUGCUUCCUUGGCCUGGAGCACGAGUCACACACUUUACCGCGGCGCGAGCGAGGCUACCAAGAACCAGGUGUGGCGAUACAGUUUUCCUGCUGUUGGGCUUAGCAUUGCACUCAUGCUCGCGGGCAGAGUGCUGGCAAGGAUUGUUACGAGGUGGAGGUUGGUGGUCAGAGAUGAGGUGUAUCUCAUCGGAGAGAGGUUGCACAACUUUGGGGAGAAGAAGGCGCCUCAGGCGAGGCAAGACGUGGGAACACAGACCAAUGUUGGAAGUAGUACGAGAGCGCAAACAGCACAGGUGGUGAUGGAGUGAUAGAGGACAGAGCAUGGAUUCUUUUGCAUCUUUUGCAUCUUUUGCAUGGUAGGCGUUAUGGAAGGAUACCCAGAUAUUUGGCAUGACACUCCUUUGACUCCUUUGUAUCCCAUUCUUACCCCGCUCCAUAGUCGUUAGUCGUUACAGCUACAGGCAAUU